AUCUCUCUCUCUCUCUGUAUCUUUCUCUCAGUGGAACGAAUAUCCAAAAGAGAGUUCCGAGUUUCUUUCGUCCUUCUUUCACGAGCUUACUUUUUCUUCUCCAUUCGUUCGUUUUUAACGAUCAAAAACGACGGCGAAAGGUUUCUGGAAUCAGACAGAAGCUGUUUAGCUCUGUUUCUCCAUGGUGUCAAGAUCUUGUGCUAAUUUUCUAGACAUAUCAUCUUGGGACCUUUUAGAUUUUCCUCAAACUCCAAGAACUCUUCCACGCGUCAUGACUGUCCCUGGAAUCAUCACCGACGUAGACGGAGGAGAUAUAACCUCCGAAGUUACUUCUUCCUCCGGUGGGUCACGUGAGAGGAAGAUCAUUGUAGCUAAUAUGUUACCACUCCAAUCUAAAAGAGAUGCAGAAACUGGUAAAUGGUGUUUUAAUUGGGACGAAGACUCUCUCCAGUUACAACUUAGAGAUGGGUUUUCAUCAGAAACAGAGUUUCUCUACGUUGGAUCACUUAACGUUGAUAUCGAAACAAGUGAGCAAGAAGAAGUCUCACAAAGGCUUUUAGAGGAAUUUAACUGCGUUGCUACGUUUUUGUCUCAAGAGUUGCAAGAAAUGUUCUAUCUUGGUUUUUGUAAACAUCAGUUAUGGCCUCUUUUUCAUUACAUGCUUCCAAUGUUUCCUGAUCAUGGAGAUCGUUUCGACCGACGUUUAUGGCAAGCUUAUGUGUCUGCUAACAAGAUAUUUUCAGACAGAGUUAUGGAAGUUAUCAACCCUGAGGAUGAUUAUGUUUGGAUUCAAGAUUAUCAUCUUAUGGUUCUUCCUACUUUCUUGAGGAAACGUUUUAAUAGGAUUAAACUCGGGUUUUUCCUUCAUAGUCCGUUUCCUUCUUCCGAGAUUUACCGCACAUUGCCUGUUCGUGACGAGAUUUUGAGAGGUUUGUUGAAUUGUGAUCUUAUUGGUUUCCAUACGUUUGAUUACGCGCGGCAUUUCUUGUCUUGUUGUAGUAGAAUGCUUGGUCUUGAUUAUGAGUCUAAGCGCGGUCAUAUUGGGCUUGAUUACUUUGGUAGGACUGUGUAUAUCAAAAUUCUUCCUGUUGGUGUUCAUAUGGGUAGAUUGGAAUCUGUUUUGAAUCUUGAUUCUACUGCGGCGAAAACGAAAGAGAUUCAAGAACAGUUUAAAGGGAAAAAACUGGUUCUUGGUAUCGAUGAUAUGGAUAUAUUUAAAGGUAUAAGCUUAAAGCUUAUAGCAAUGGAACAUCUCUUCGAGACUUAUUGGCAUUUGAGAGGGAAAGUUGUUCUUGUUCAGAUAGUGAACCCUGCAAGAUCCUCUGGUAAAGAUGUGGAAGAAGCUAAAAGAGAGACGUAUGUGACUGCGAAAAGGAUCAAUGAGCGUUACGGUACUUCUGAUCAUAAGCCGAUAGUCUUGAUUGAUCGUCUUGUUCCACGUUCUGAGAAAACCGCGUAUUAUGCUGCAGCAGAUUGUUGCUUGGUGAAUGCAGUGAGAGAUGGUAUGAACUUAGUUCCUUAUAAGUAUAUAGUCUGCAGACAAGGGACUCGAAACAAGGCCCUUGAUGAUUCAUCGCCCCGCACAAGCACGCUUGUUGUGUCUGAGUUUAUUGGAUGCUCGCCUUCUUUGAGUGGUGCCAUUAGGGUGAAUCCAUGGGAUGUAGAUGCUGUGGCUGAGGCGGUGAACUCGGCUCUUAAAAUGAGUGAGGCCGAGAAGCAAUUACGGCAUGAGAAACAUUACCACUAUAUUAGCACUCAUGAUGUUGGUUACUGGGCAAAGAGCUUUAUGCAGGAUCUUGAGAGAGCGUGCCGGGAUCAUUAUAGUAAACGUUGUUGGGGGAUUGGAUUUGGAUUGGGGUUCAGAGUUUUGUCGCUCUCUCCAAGUUUCAGGAAGCUAUCCGUAGAACACAUUCUCCCGGUUUAUAGAAAAACACAGAGAAGGGCGAUAUUUCUUGAUUAUGAUGGCACUCUUGUUCCUGAAAGCUCCAUUGUUCAAGAUCCAAGCACCGAGGUUGUCUCUGUUCUGAAAGCUCUCUGUGAAGAUCCCAAUAACACAGUGUUCAUUGUUAGUGGAAGAGGUAAAGAGUCUUUGAGCAAUUGGCUAUCUCCUUGUGAAAAUCUUGGAAUAGCGGCGGAACACGGAUACUUCAUAAGGUGGAAUAGCAAAGAUGAGUGGGAGACUUGUUAUUCGUCGUCGGAUACAGAGUGGAGGUCAAUGGUGGAACCAGUUAUGAGAUCGUAUAUGGAGGCAACGGAUGGGACGAGUAUCGAGUUUAAAGAAAGUGCUUUGGUGUGGCACCAUCAAGACGCAGAUCCAGACUUUGGAUCAUGUCAAGCUAAGGAGAUGCUUGAUCAUCUAGAGAGUGUUCUCGCCAAUGAGCCUGUCGUUGUCAAGAGAGGUCAACACAUCGUUGAAGUCAAACCACAGGGUGUAAGCAAAGGUUUAGCUGCGGAAAAGGUAAUCCGCGGAAUGGUAGAACGCGGGGAGCCACCAGAAAUGGUGAUGUGCAUAGGAGACGAUAGAUCAGACGAGGACAUGUUCGAGAGCAUAUUAAGCACAGUGACAAAUCCAGAGCUUCUUGUUCAGCCAGAGGUUUUUGCAUGCACGGUUGGAAGAAAACCAAGCAAAGCUAAAUACUUCUUGGACGAUGAAGCCGACGUGCUUAAGCUCCUAAGAGGCCUUGGAGACUCAUCAUCAAGCUUAAAACCCACAUCUUCUCACACUCAAGUUUCAUUUGAAAGCAUCGUUUAAAGUGGGGACGUGCCAAAAAAUAACAUAACAACAUCAAA